UUCAGAACGAAUUAAGCUGCAUGAAGCAGGUUGUUACGUUAUAAUUUUUAGCUUUGACGAAAGCUAUUAAUCGUGGGGAAAAUGAGAUUUCAAUUUUUACUAGUUGUUCUGGUCAUCUUUUCGGUAGUGUCAGUGACACUGUCCAUGAAACAAAAGAAGGACCGCAAAAGAUCAAAUGAGUCAGGAUCUGAGGAAUCUGGCGAAACGUCUUCUUCGGAAGAAAAGGGUGAGACAGACAAGAAGGGAUCGAUGAGAAUGCGUGACGGACCACGUGGUCGUGGAAGAGCUUCAACUACAACCACAGCCAUCCCAUUAUGUCCAAGAAUGAAAGAGCAAGAUAAAGAAAACGACAGUCAGAUGGAAAUGAGAGAUUCGAAAGAACAAGGGGAUGAGCAACAAAAGAAACGAAGAAAGCAUCGUCGUCGUCACCGUCACCGGCAUGGGCGAAGAGGAAAAAAUGGAAUGGCAUCUAGUCCUUGCACCACAACGCCAACUACUACAACAACUUCAACUACACCAAGCACUACAACAACUUCGACUACUCCAACUACUACAACAACUUCAACUACACCAAGCACUACAACAACUUCGACUACGCCAACUACUACAACAGUUUCGACUACGCCAACUACCACAACAACUUCGACUACUCCAACUACUACAACAGUUUCGACUACACCAACUACAACCACAUCAACUACGCCAACCACUACAACCACAUCAACUACGCCAACCACUAUAACCACAUCAACUACGCCAACCACUACAACCACAUCAACUACGCCAACCACUAUAACCACAUCAACUACGCCAACCACUACAACCACAUCAACUACGCCAACUACAACCACAUCAACUACGCCAACCACUACAACCACUACCACCGAGAAUCGAGACAGAACCAAAGGAUGACAUUGCCAAUUACCUCCAACUCGUGGAAUUUAGUUAAAUAAUAAUUAAAAGCAUUCAACACAA